GGCGAUUUAGGCGGGCAAAACCAGGCCAGCAGUUGAACCAAAACCCCCCACAAAGCGGAGUCAAGCCGUGUUCUUAGCCCUGAGACUCAGCUGCCGCUAUUUCGUACACGCGGGACAUUUUGACUGUCAAUGUCCUUGGCCGUCUACGAGCACUCGUACAGAGUUGUCUGCUCAGGAUAUCCAUUGGAGUGCUGUACUGUAGCUCGCAGUAUGUCGUGGAGCCAGAGCCUCGUUUGCCAUCUCGCCAAGCCGGAGCUCGCUGCCGCGAUAUGUAGAUUUUCGGGAUCCGCUCUAAGAGAUACUGGAGUCAGGAUUGAGUCUGAUUACGGAGUACUCUUGGGCGUGCAAGACAAGCUUAUCGUCAACUGCGAGUCGGCGAAAGCUAUCCCGGUUGCUGCAGUGUUCAGCUCAGCUUGCAGCGUCCGCAACGUUUCCCAGCCAAUUCAACUCAGUCCCGCGGAGCAAUUGUUGCCGUUUGCCAUGACAGAAUUGGUGUUUUGUGUGUCGGGUCUAGGGACAAACGGAACUUUGUUACGGUCCCUUUGCGCUGGCACCAAUUUACCCGGCAAGGAAUCCCACGUCCUGGAGCAGACUAGCCACCGCAGGCAGAGUGGGAGGCAGAGUGGGAGGCAGGAGGAAAAGGACCGACAGAGUUCUCAGUUCUCUCUCGGUGCCCUUUUUUUCCUGGUCCGGCCUCUUGGCAGCGUUAACGUGGGACUGCUGCAUUUCUGGUGGUGGCCAGCGGCGAAACCUCGCCAUUCCGAGGGUGCCAACAUCUCUAGCGACAGCUUUUGA